GGCACCAUGCAAACGGCCCGGAAAGGCCCGUUUAUCCCACUGACAGCUCGUCGUGACAAACAAGCCGACACCGGAACCAGAAUCCCUUCCUGCGUUGGGCUUGACGCUGGUGCUGUGAAUGCAGGGGGAGGUGGGCGCUGUGUCUAUUUAAAGAGGACCAUCCAGUCCCGGAUAAAUAGCAGAGGGUCCACGGCGUUGACUAACAGCCUCCGAAUGGUUUUCCUCCUGCACUGUUUGAUAAGCGGCUUCUCGUCGUAUCUGAGCCCAGACUGAGGAGGCUUCUCUCCGGGGACAACGUGCCGUCGACCAUCGGCCCGGCACCUCUCAUCGAUCGAGUCUCCAUCCUUUAAUUAAAGAAGAAGAAAAAAAAAAUCUCUCUCUAUAUUUAUAUAUCGUCAUACGUGGGAAAUAAUGGGCAAAGAUUAUUAUAAGACGUUGGGUAUCUCUAAAGGAGCCACGGACGAGGACAUUAAGAAAGCUUAUAGAAAACAAGCGUUGAAAUGGCACCCCGAUAAAAACAAGUCUGCAGCCGCCGAGGACAGAUUUAAGGAGAUCGCUGAAGCGUACGAAGUCCUUAGUGAUCCGAAGAAAAGAGAAGUUUAUGAUCAGUACGGAGAAGAAGGUCUCAAGGGAGGAAACGGCCCCUCUGGCGACGGGCCGGGCAGCGCCUUCACCUACACCUUCCAUGGGGACCCUCACGCCACCUUCGCCACUUUCUUCGGCGGUUCCAACCCCUUCGAGAUGUUCUUCGGGCGGAAAGCCAACGGCCGAGACGACGACGACAUGGAGGUGGACGGAAACGACCCCUUCGGCUCCUUCACCAACUUCAACAUGAACGGGUUCCCCCGGGACGGGCACGCCGGCCCCGGAGGGCAGCAGCAGCGCCGGAAGCAGGACCCGGCCAUCAUCCACGAACUGAGGGUCACCCUGGAGGAGGUCUUCCACGGCUGCACCAAGAAGCUGAAAAUCUCUCGCAAAAGGCUGAAUCCGGACGGCAGGACCACGCGCAAUGAGGACAAGAUACUCACCAUCGAGAUCAAGCGGGGGUGGAAGGAGGGAACCAAAAUCACGUUCCCGCGGGAGGGAGACGAGUCCCCCAAUACCAUUCCGGCGGACAUUGUGUUCGUCAUCAAGGACAAGCCGCACCCUCACUUUAGGCGGGAGGGCUCGAACAUUGUGUAUCCUGUGCGCGUGAGCUUACGACAGUCGUUGUGCGGAUGCUCGGUUACCGUGUCGACGAUAGACGGGCAGACGUGCAACAUGAAGAUCACAGAUGUCGUCAAGCCGGCCAUGAGAAAGACUGUCGCAGGACAGGGCCUCCCCUUACCCAAAAACCCAGAGCAGAGAGGAGACCUGGUGGUGGAGUUUGACGUUAACUUUCCUGAGGCGUUGCCCGGCAACGCCAAGGACGUCCUGAAACGACAUUUACCUGCUUAGGACGAACGGCACAGACUGAGCGACGGCAGAUAACAGCAUGACAGCGCCUGCCCUUGUAACACACACACACACACACACACACACUCACAUACAAGGACGGCUCUUACACUUGACAGAUGGACCCCUAGGACGAAUGUGCAAUUAUUUCUAAGCUAUAUGGUGUUUUUAUAAACGCCAUGCAUGCUGCCAAGUUGAUAUGUACGUGCAAGACUGUUUGGGUUGUCGAUAUCUGAAAGAAACACAUUUCAUUUCAUCUUUCUGUCUGCUGGAAAUUUUUGGUAGUUAGUAAGUAUACAUUUGCCUAAAAAGAAAAAUCCCAGUGAUGCUGGGAAAUAUUGCAGUGCCAAAAAGUACAUGUUUUUGCUCUCAUUUAGAUCUGACAGGCUUUUCAGUAUUUAUUUUGUCAUGUAGAGAGAAGAGCCUUGAUUUUAGGAGGCCGUCUUGAAAUCCUCGUACAGUUUGUUCCAGAGGGAAGUGGUUGAAUGAACUGGCUCGUUAUGAGUGCAUUUUUAGAAAAACGUGUAAGAAGAUUGAAUUUAAAAAUAAAUAUUUCCACGUUUCCAAGUGAUCUCAAGCCGUUUCAGUUAUCGGGAGGCAUCUUGAACCCUCCUCCAUUAAUUAUACAGACAAUAGUCCCUUUUAAAACAGUAAAUGCAGCGUAGGUCUAUUUAUAGUCAGUGAACAUUCUGCUUUUAGCAAAACCGCACAAAGAGAGCCUCUGGAAAUGGUUCCUCAAAGUAAUAUUUCAUAGUCAAAUAUGUAUAUUUUGUUGUUGUAAAACUUCAGUCAUUUUUCUGAUGUGAAAUUAAAAAUACGUUGACUGAGAUUAAUACUUACUAAUGACAAAACUAUGAGUGUGUAAAAAUAGCUGCCUGGUCUCAGCUGCUGGCUAUCAGUUGCCCACACAGAGGCCUUCACUGCACAUUUUCCCACAAGGGGACGCCACAUCACUCGUCAUGGCGGCUCCAGGCUUUUGGGCCCACAGAGACGGGAUCCCUGCCGGACAUAGAGGGACACUUAGCUGCUGACAUCUGUGCUCAUGAGUUUGAAGCUCAAAGCCAGACACAAGCUGCUAUUAAAUGGAUGUAACAUUGUAUCUUUACAUUUGAGCUCAUAGGCAAGUAUCAUGUUAUUUUUAAUCUACCUGUAGCUUGUAAGAAAAAAAGAUGGAGUCCUCUUAGUGCACAACAUGUUCUUUUUGCAAGCACAGACUUGCACGAAACGGCACCCCGGGCUCUAUAAUGACUUGCAUGCACAUAGAGAUGUGUGAGAGACGCGUGCAAAGGCUGAGUAACUGUUAUCCAGGCAGAGUGGAGAAACACCUUCCUCUCAAUGUUAGCCUAAGACCAAGCGUUGUGGCAUUAAAUUGUGUUAUCUAAAAUAAAAGAAUGGGAGAAGGGAGAAAAAAAACAUUUAUGUCACAGAAUAUCUGAAUUGACAGAAUAUCAGUUUGCACACUUUUCUGUGUACAAUAACUCAGUCAUAUUUUAUUUAUAGCAAGUUUGGGAAAACUGAACAUUUAUGAACUGAAGUAGCUCCCUUAUUAUAAAAUUGUAUAUUUUUGAAAAUACCAUUACAUCAAAUUCUGUUCAAUUGUUUAUGUGGACAAUGUUUUAUGAUAUUUCUGCAUAUCCAAAGCAGUAAUACUAAUAAAACAGAUAUACUUAAACCCUCAGAUGGAUUUUUUAAGUACAUUAAGCUGCUAAUGCAUAAUGUUUGAUCAUUUUACUGAAAAUGUAUCAUAAAUGGAAGAUUACUACUUUUAUAGGAGUAUUUUCAGAGAGUGGUAGUACUUUUAGUAUCUAAAUACAUCUUUCAAUCAGUUUCAAUUUGUAGCUACUGCAUUUAAAAAGUGAUUCCUGUGUGUAGUUCUUGUGAAAGAAAUACUAAAGGUUUUACGUUAGUAAAAAUUGUAACACCACAGUGUAAAAAUAAUCUGUUACAAGUCCUCCAUUAAAAACAUAAUCAA